GCGCCCCGCCCCGGGCCGCGGGAGCGAGUCCAGGCUUGUCCUGCGCCGGGGCGGGCUGGGCCGGCGGCGUCUUGCGAUCGCGGGCUCUUGGGCUGUGCCUGAGUGUCCCCUGGCGCGCCGUGUGCUUGCCUUCUGUUGGCUUGUGGCGCCGUGGCGAGCCACACCCACGGCUGUGAGGCUGAGCUUGUGCCCGUGGAACACGCUACCGUUCCCAGUGUGUGAGGUUGUUGCGCUGUAGCUGGCACCGUGGGCUUGCUUGGGAUCCAGAUUGUGAGCCAAUGCUUCCUGGUACUCUCUCUCUCUUUUUCGAUCUUUUUUUUGGCCUCACCGAGCCGCUUUUGUGGGGUCUUAGUUUCCCGAGCAGGCAUCGAACCCGGGCCUUGGUCACUGAGAGCGAGGAGUUCUAAGCCCUGGACAGCCAGGGAAGCCCCAUCCUGUUACUCUUUUCGUAUGAGUUUUGUUUGAUGGCAGUAGAAAAGUUGGAGACCAGAAAACCAGAUCAUUCCCAGGAGUGAGCAGUACUUUUUUUACACAUACUUUAUUCCGGGUGCGUUAUCUAAAGCACAAGUAGAUGUGGAACAGACUCGCCAACGAAUCGUUGGACACAACAGAGAUUUGUUGCUCGGACUCUGCAGUAGGACAGAUCGGUUUAGGCUUCUGCACAGAAAUUGGUCCCCCAUGCCCCCGUGUGUAUUAUUGCGGUUAUAUGCAGUGGGAGGGGAACAAUUCCUUGAUAUUUCUAGACUUCCUAUCAUGGAUGGUUUUUCCUGGGGCAGAGAAAUGGGGAAUAGGGGAGUGUCUCGGGCAGAAGAGAAAGAUGUUAGGUAUUAGUGGUCAUUUCUGCGCUUGUGGAAAUCCAUCGUCCGUCUGUCCGUCGUCGUCCCGUCCCCGUCCCCCCCAGCCAUUGGGUGCCUCCACUCAGUAAAAAUAACCAGGUCACCAAAGGACUUAUUUCUGUAUUGCUUUCUGUGCUGUCUCAUGAAACCGCUUGCUUGAAAGGGGUGGAUAUGGCCAAACUCAGCUAUAACAGGAGUUUCAGCUGUUCAGUAUGGAAAUCGGUGGUGUGCAAUACUGUCUAUUCAGAAAUCGGCUUUCAGUUGAAAAAAGUCCUCUGUUUACUCCCAACCACACAAGCUCCUUGUAAACUACUUGGAAGAAGACUAACGUCAACAUCAAUGUUUUCCGUGUAUAUAUUAUGAAAAUAUCCUGUGAAUAUUCGUGUAAUAUUUGAUACUAACAUAAAAUUAAUUUAGAUCUUUAAGGGGAACUUGGGGAAAGUAUAAUUGGUGGUAGCAGUUACCUUGCUUUUGAGACCUGUGAAAGAAAUGUAAGCAGUUCUGUGGUGUUCUUGGUCACACAUUUAUGGAGUUUCUGAAGGGCAGUGGAGAUUACUGCCAGGCACAGCACGACCUCUAUGCAGACAAGUGAACUGUAGAAAUUCAUUACUACUCCACCAAGAAGCCCCCAUAAGAGUGGUGAACCUGGACACAGAAGUGUUGGAUUGAAAUCCACAGAGCAUUUUUUACAAGAGUUCUGACCUGGAUGGGGUAAACCUCAGUGCACUUCCUUUCUCUUGCCUCAGUAUUACUGGAUUGAAGAAUUGCUGCUUCUUGUCAGGAGGUUCAUUUCAUUUCCCAUUACUCCCAACUUCAUACUCAAAAGCACUGAGAAUUUCAAGUGGAGUAUAUUGAAGUAGACUCAGUUUCUUUGCAUCAUUUCUGUAUUCAGUCUUUUAAAUUCUUUCAUAACCCUAUUGAGUGUUUUUUAACUAAAUUAACAUGGCUCGAAUGAACCGCCCAGCUCCUGUGGAAAUCACUUACAAGAACAUGAGAUUUCUUAUUACACACAAUCCAACUAAUGCGACCCUAAACAAAUUUAUAGAGGAACUUAAGAAGUACGGAGUUACCACAGUAGUAAGAGUAUGUGAAGCAACUUACGACACUAGUCUUGUGGAGAAAGAAGGCAUCCAUGUUCUCGAUUGGCCUUUUGAUGAUGGCGCACCACCAUCUAACCAGAUUGUUGAUGAUUGGUUAAGUCUUGUGAAAAUUAAGUUUCGUGAAGACCCUGGUUGUUGUAUUGCUGUUCAUUGUGUUGCAGGCCUUGGGAGAGCUCCAGUGCUUGUCGCCCUAGCAUUAAUUGAAGGUGGAAUGAAAUACGAAGAUGCAGUACAGUUCAUAAGACAAAAGCGGCGUGGAGCUUUUAACAGCAAGCAACUUUUGUAUUUGGAGAAGUAUCGUCCUAAAAUGCGGCUGCGCUUCAAAGACUCUAAUGGUCAUAGAAACAACUGUUGCAUUCAGUAAAACUGGGGUGCCUGAUGCCAUUGCUUGGAAGUGGAACCUAGACAGGACGGGAUUUGUCGUACAUGUUAGCCAGCAUGUUGGCUUGGUGAAGUCUGAUGAAGCUUCCAUAGGAGUGUCGAAACGCAGUUUUACCAGGCCACAAGCCUGGCAGAAUUGCACCCUCUGUUUGGGUUAUGAUCAACCUACUUGGACACUUAGCAAAGGAUUCUUGCUGUUCAGCAUUUAAAAUGUGCUUAUCGUUUGUACCAAUUGACUUUUCCUGAAAUCAUGCAGUAUGGAGUCAUUCAUGUCUUUAAAUGUGUUUCCAUGCCAGAUUCUUAUCAGUAUAUAAGAAAUUUAGAAAGACUAGGUGCCAAAAUACCCAGCACAAUUCUUGUUGUUUUUAGUAUCAUAUCGAACUAAAAUCCCAGGAACUAUGAAGACUCUGGACCUUGUGUGUUUUAUUCUUUCCAUCAUUUCAAACAUAGAAAGUAGGGCCUAUAAGGUUAUUUGAUCACAAUAUGUUUACAUCUUCCACAUUCAUACCAGUAUACAUCAGAUUUGCUCGUUUGUUUUUUUUUAAUUAACCAAGUCUUACCAGUGAUUAUUUAAUGUCUUUCUAUAAAUCUCAUUUUGUGCUGUCAUGGAAGACCUCCGUUUUGAAAAUCUACAUUGUACAGAAGCACAUGUCUUUAAUGUCUCCAGACAAAAAAGCCUUACAGUUAAUUUUAAUGUUUGCACUUUGGGGUGCAACUUACAGGGAGGGCCUGAAAAAAGGAAUGGGAGGGGGCUAUUAAGUAUUUUUAGUAAAAUGUUGCCUUUGUCUUGUGCAGAACAUGUAGAAUAUGCGCUUUAAUUUAGUAAAUAUUUUUUUAAAAGGUAGAAAUACUUUGUUAUGGUAGCUAAAACAAUUCUUAAUCAUAAAAUUUCUGAAAUUCUUGUAAUUUUUUUUCAAACUUAUCUGAAGUUGUUUACCAACUUAUUUUUGUUUGAAGUGUGAUUCCCAACCUUUCUUGCAAAAAACAAAAAAGUGGGUUUCUGCUAAUGAAUUGAGCAGACAUUUAAUAUUUUAUAUGCCUUUUGAGCUGUGUAACUUAAUAUUUGGAUACUUGACAAUUUGUUUUAUUAUGUGAUUGAUAAAAUGGUGAUGUGUAUUAAUGUCAGCUCAACCAUAUAUUUAUACUGUCCAGGAACAUGUGGUUAUAGUUCUGUGGGAGAAAUAAUUUGUCAGUGUUCACCAGCUUGUAAAAAUCUAGUGCGAGAGCUUAAACAUUAAAUAAAUGAUGAAAUGCAUUUAUCGUCA